AUGGCUACAAUAUACACAACAAUUAAGGACAUCACUCUAACUACAGAAAAAUUGUUCCACACUUACUACAUCAGCAACGCCUAUGUAAAAAAAACAGCCCCACCUUUCGAUAAAAAGCGAGACUACAAAUAUUCUUGGACAGUGAACUUAAGAACAGAAAUUGAAGAAAUCCAAACAGAAGAUAACCAGAUAUCAGCACCAAACUAUGAUUUCAUUCCGUUUAGCGACCUGCAUACACCUAAAGAAUUCAGCAAACCAAUAGAUAUUUUGGCUAUUGCUCUCAAAAUGAACCCACCAAAAGAAGUCAACACUCCCUAUGGACUACAUACAAUUCAAGAGAUAUAUUUAAUUGAUGAAAGUUGUAGCUUCAAACCAGUAUGUUUGACGAUGUGGGGGCAUAAAGUCCACGAUGAAUGCUUACAAAUAGCAGAAGUAAUCGAAGACAGACCCAUAAUAUUGGGAUCAAAACUAAUUGUUCAAACCAAGAGAGGGCUGUCUCUAUCGUCACGCGACACGAGUACCUUCAAAAUCAAUCCUCAACUCCCCGAGGCAGCAGCACUGGAGGAAUGGUAAUACUCAUAAAAUCAAAUACACAUACUAUUAUAGCUACACAUUUUACAAAAAAAAAUUAAAUUUUUGUAUACUAUAUUUAUAAUAAUACUUACUCUAUUUUAAGGGCGGAGAGUAACGAAACAGAAAUUAAAAACGCAAUAGCAAACUGCUUGACAUAUGAAUCUUCUCCAAAAUCUUUUGUUGGAUUACACGAAAUAGUGACUAACAUCCAAAUUUCAGAGUUGGCGAAAAAUCUGCAACUGAAUAAGGUAAAAACUACUAUAAUAUUUACUUUAUAAAACUUUCGUUUCAAUAUCUUACUAUUAUUAACACCAUUUGAUUUGGAUGUAGAAAAAAUACUUUUGGAUUGAGGCGGCAAUAAAAAUAACUGAUACUCUCCAGAAUUUUUAUUACAUGUCAUGUGACGCGUGUCAUAAAAAAAUAGAUUUAUACAAUCGCGAUGAAAAAAUCAUAUAUGACAAGCCAACAUGCGGCCAAGAAG